AUGGGUGUUUCCUCAACGUUGAGUCAAAGAAACGUAUCGACGACGGACCGAGACGACUGCUGCUCGGACGACGGUAGUUCGGCCGUAGCCGACGACAGCGGGGUCCAGGCAUCGGCUGAUGCUGACGCCGCCGCACCGAUGCGAACCGAGCCGCUACGCGGCUCCGCUUACCGUUGCAUCCGCAUCAAUGGAAAGAUGGAUCCACUGGUGUUGAAGGCAGCCGGUCAGUGCAACGUGCCCCUUGACCAACUGCGAAUGGCCUUCCCGCCCGAACUAACCAUCUGGGUCGACCCUGGCGAAGUGAGCGUCCGCUUCGGCGAAGACGGCAGCAUCGGCAUGGUGUAUUCGGGGGAACCUCGAAACACCGUCGCUGCCCGUACGUCGCCUUCGCACUCGCGUCCUCCGAUACCACCGUGUUCAUUGCAACAACCUCAACAGCUGCAACACCACCAACACCGUCAGCAAAUGAUGGUCGUCGACCGUAUGCGUCAGGCAUCACCUGUCAUCAUUAACCGCAACCAUGGCCUUAUGCUGAACAUCAAGCGUUCGCCGUUAUCCACCGCUUCUACUCCUGACGAGCUGUACUCGUCGUUCGCUGCUGCCGCUGCUGCCGACUCGCCAAAAACUGGUCUGCCAUACAGCGGUUGGUCAGAAGAUCUCGUCGUCGGUCGUUACGCAUCAACUCCGGUAAAAAUACGGGGACGCUGCCUUUUCCAAGAUGCUCCUUUUUCUCCUGUCCAUUCCCCAAUCACCCCUCCUCCUCCCCCGUCAAAUCUCUUCACUCCUUCCUCCGCCGCCACUGCCGGCCACAACCUGUCAUAUUCUUCUGCUCCUGAAAUGGAGUUCGCAGAAGAGCCACUGAAUCAGCAGUGUAAAGCUCUAGCAGAACGCUUGAUGUUCGAAGGCGGUCUGUCCAGCAUGCUAAUGGCGACUAAUUUCAACGGUUCUCCGCUGGACGCGAUGGUCGGCGUCAGCUAA